AUGUCAAAUCCAAUGCCUAUGGCAGGCAGCCUAUCAGGACUUUCUGUGCCACAACCUAAUAGCAUGUCACCUACUGUAAAUUCAGGUGCAACAGAUGCCAUUUUGGUUGAUAUCCUUUGUGAAUUUGCAGACUUUUUCGUUGACCUAGCAACAAGUGUUGCAGCAAGGACAGGUAAAAUUUGGAAACCAAGGAUUCUUAUGCAACAGAAGUCAAAGAGGACAUUAAGGACUUCUGAUGAUCCUAAUAAACCUAAGAGACCACAUACAGCAUAUACAUUAUGGUGUGAACAUAUUCGACAAAAAGUACGUGAGAAUGAUCCAAAUCGUGCCCUACAAAUGAAAGAUUUAGCAGAAAUGUGGAAUAAUUUGCCAGAACAAGAAAAAGGCCCUUGGGAACGUAAGGCUCAAGAAUUCAAACAGAAAUAUUUAGCAGAAAUGGCUGCAUAUAGGGCAUCAGGACCAUCUCCUGUAGGACCUUCUCCAUCAGCACAACAGCAAAUUCAAUCUUUUAGUUCUACAAGUAUGACUGGAUGGUAA